AUGGCUGAGCAAGCUCUGUAUCCUGGUAUUGCUGUGGCAUAUUUUGGUCUGCUGUCUUGGGAGAGUCGAGGUGACCGGCUUGAGUUGGGCCCUGCUGCUUCAGUUAAUGUGCUUUGUCUCUUUGUUUUGGCACAGCCACUAUGCCUUGUUAUAGGUGGCUACAUGGGGGCAUUUAUUUACCUAUCGAUGGCACUCAUGUCCUAUGCAUGUCUCACCAGGAAAGGGGCAGAAACUGUGAAAAAGAGAAAGGAAGGAACAAAGAAAAAAAGUGAUAUUGCCACAGAAAAUGUAUCUGGUGAGCGUAAGAAGGUAAAAAAGGAACAAAGAAAUGGUAAUAAAAAAGAGGAUUAG